AUGGACCUACCUGAACGCGCCAUGACCAGCUGUGUUCGCAGUCGUCUCGGAAUGAUCGCGCCCGACCUCGAACAGAUAGUUAAAGCCCGGCUUGUGGCGGCGGCGGCCUCUCUCCACGGCCACGGCCACGGUGCUCGCACCGAGGCUCUCAAGUUCUCGUCAAUGAGGUUCGCGUCGAUCAGCGGUGACGCGCGGCACAUCAUCCACUGGCACGGGGCGGAGCCGGUACGGCCCGCAACAUGCACCACGCGCACGGAGGACAUGAGCGAGGUCAUCAAGGAGGUGCAGAACUCGCCGACGAAGAGAUACCUGCGCGAGCUUGCGGGCGCUUGA